AUGACCAUUGAUGCCGCAGCUGGCGGAGCCCUAAUGGACAAGCCUUUCAAGGAGGCAUACGAGCGCACUCCUGUAGAGAAAUCUCAAUCCAAGGGAGGUAUGCAUGAAGUCAACAACCUUGACCAUAUGAACGCCAAAGUGGAUGUGCUGUUCCAUAAGUCGGAUAACCUGAAAAUCGCUCCACCAGCUACUGUUGCUGCCGUUACUCCCAAUUGUGAAAUAUGCGGAACCCCAGGACAUGUUGCUGUAGAGUCACCCCCCGGUUUCCAAGGACAAAGAGGAGCCCCUGUUGCUCCGAAAAAGUCUAACCUGGAGCUCAUGAUGGAAAACUUUGUUUUAACUCAAACUCAGCAAAACAAGGAGUUUAUGAAUCAAAACAUUCAUACGAAUGAAUUGAUUAAGCAGUUGGCGCACAAAGUUGACUCCAUGGCCACUCAUAAUAAAAUGCUUGAGACGCAGAUAUCCCAAGUGGCCCAACAACAAGCAGCAACAGCUGCCCCAGCCGGAACAUUUCCGAGCCAACCGCAACCAAAUCCUAAGGGACAUGUUAAUGCAGUAACACUACGUAGUGGAACAGAAUUAGACAACAGUCCUGCUACUGUGAGAGUUAGGAGCCGAGACGAAGGAAAGGCUAAAGACCCUGUGAGUGAGCCAGUUGACAUUGGAGAGACAUCUAAGUCUCAGGAGGCGAUUACUCAAAUGCCUUCGUAUGCCAAAUUCUUAAAGGAAAUUAUGACUAACAAAAGGAAGAUUGAUGAUAAUGAGACCGUAGCACUUACUGAGGAAAUUUUGCUCGAAGAAGACUCUAAAACCUCUAGAGAGCAUCAGAGGAGGCUAAACCCCAUUAUGAGCGAAGUGGUCAAAAAGGAAGUUAUGAAACUCCUUGAUGCUGGGAUCAUAUAUCCUAUAUCUGAUAGCAAGUGGGUAAGUCCAGUGCACGUAGUGCCAAAGAAAGGAGGGAUGACUGUAGUUCAAAAUGAGAAAGGUGAUUCAGUCGCCAAGCGGACAGCUACGGGAUGGAGGAUGUGCAUUGACUACAGAAAGUUGAACACAGCUACUAGAAAGGAUCACUUUCCUCUCCCGUUUAUUGAUCAAAUGCUCGAGCGUCUUGCAAGGCACUCGUAUUUAUGUUACCUUGAUGGCUAUUCGGGAUUCUUUCAAAUCCCCAUCCACCCGGAUGACCAAGAAAAGACCACAUUCACAUGUCCCUACGGAACAUUUGCUUAUCGGCGAAUGCCAUUCGGACUAUGCAAUGCACCCGCCACAUUCCAAAGAUGCGUGAUGGCAAUAUUCGCCGACUUCCUAGAAGAUAUUCUAGAAGUUUUCAUGGACGAUUUUUCUGUGUGUGGGUCUAGUUUUGAAGACUGUCUUGGUAAUCUUGAGAAAGUUCUGGAGAGGUGUGUGAAGGUUAAUCUAGUACUUAAUUGGGAAAAGUGCCACUUUAUGGUCAGGGAAGGCAUAGUACUUGGACAUGUGGUGUCCAAUAGAGGAAUUGAGGUUGACAAAGCAAAAAUAGAAGUUAUUGAGAAUUUACACCCUCCCAAGACUGUAAGAGAAGUUAGGAGUUUUCUUGGACACGCCGGUUUUUAUCGACGAUUCAUCAAAGACUUCUCAAAAAUUACCAAACCAUUGACUGGCCUUUUGAUGAAGGACGCUGAGUUCAUUUUUAAUGAACAAUGCCUUGAAUCCUUUCAACAGUUAAAACACGCAUUGAUCUCAGCCCCAAUAAUGCAACCUCCAGACCAGAGUCAACCUUUUGAGAUCAUGUGUGAUGCUAGUGACUACGCAGUAGGCGCUGUUUUAGGUCAGCGAAAAGAUAAGAAACUCCAUGUUAUCUACUAUGCGAGUAAGACCCUCGAUGAAGCUCAAAUAAACUAUGCCACAACUGAAAAGGAGCUUCUAGCCAUCGUCUUUGCAAUUGAUAAAUUUCGUUCCUAUCUAGUGGGAUCGAAGAUAAUCAUAUACACAGACCAUGCGGCUAUCAGGUACCUGCUUAGCAAAAAGGAUGCAAAGCCGAGGCUAAUUCGGUGGAUAUUGUUACUGCAAGAAUUUGACAUGGAGAUCCGCGAUAAAAAAGGGACGGAGAAUGUAGUCGCAGAUCACUUGUCAAGAAUUCAGGAUGGUCAGUUGGAGGAGGUACCCAUAAAUGAUUGUUUUCCCUACGAAAGAUUGGUCAAUACAGCUACCCCAUGGUACGCUGACAUCAUAAACUAUUUGGUUGCUGGAAUUCUACCUCCCGACAUGACCUAUCAGCAAAAGAAGAAAUUCUUCCACGAUCUUAAGCAAUACUACUGGGAUGAUCCCCUCUUAUUCAAAAGAGGAGUGGACGGUAUUUUCCGUCGAUGUAUCCCAGAUCGUCAAACAAAUGGGCAGGCAGAAAUCUCUAAUCGAGAAAUUAAGCAAAUCCUAGAGAAAACUGUCUCUGUCUCAAGAAAGGACUGGUCCUUGAAGCUGAACCAUGCAUUAUGGGCUUAUCGGACCACCUUUAAAACACCCAUUGGCACCACUCCUUUCAAGCUCGUUUAUGGAAAAUCGUGCCAUCUCCCGGUUGAGCUCGAGCAUAAGGCUUAUUGGGCUAUCAAAGCCCUAAACAUGAAUCAUAGCGAAGCUGGGGAAAAAAGGAUGCUGGAUCUUCAUGAGUUAGAGGAGUUGCGGCUCGAUGCGUAUGAAAAUGCCUUGAUCUAUAAAGAACGAACAAAGAAAUGGCAUGACAGACGCAUUAUAAGACGUGAAUUUAAUGAAGGUGAGGUAGUGUUGCUGUUUAAUUCUAGGCUAAGGCUAUUUCCUGGAAAGCUUCGCUCUCGAUGGAGUGGACCAUUUGAAGUCACUAAAGUAAAUCAAUCUGGUGCCAUUGAGGUCUGGAGCGAAUCCUGUUGUGUAAGAUAA